AUGGCUGAAACCAUUCUGAUCCCGGUUGCUAAACAGAUCCUUGGCAAGGCAGCCGACUUGGCCUUGGAGCAGAUUGGACUCCUGUGGAACUUCAGACGCGAGCUUCGCAAACUGAAAGACACCGUGUCCACCAUACAGGCUGUGCUUCGUGAUGCUGAAGAGAAGCAGUUCCACAACCACCAAGUCAAGCUCUGGCUCGAGAAGCUCUCUGACGUGAUGUAUGAUGCCGAUGAUCUGCUAGACGAUCUCUCUACGGAGGCUCGUCGAAAAGUGAUAGCAGAAGAAAAUAAUUCCUCUACUCCUAAUACUACUUGUUGGAGUAUGGUAUGCUUUCUGUUCUCUUCACUUCCCAAGCAGUUGCUGUAUGAUCUUAGCAUGGCUCAUGCUGUCAGGGCUAUUAGGGAGAAGCUUGAUCUAAUAUCGCAAGAUAAGGAGACCUUCAAUUUGGAAGUUCGUUCCGAGGAAGUUCUUCCUUUCAGGGAGACGGAUUCCUGCCCGCCCACGAUUGUCGUUGGGAGGGAGAAUGACAAGAAAAAUAUCAUUCAGAUACUGCUGAAUUUCAACUCUGAAGCUAAUAUUUCUGUUGUCCCCAUCGUUGGGAUGGGCGGACUGGGGAAGACUACUCUUGCUCAGCUUGUAUUUGAUGAUGGACAAGUUGAAGCUCACUUUGAUAUCAAAGUUUGGGUGUAUGUUUCACAGAGCUUUGAAAUCAAAGUGAUUCUUAGAAAGAUGCUCCGAUCAGUAGGCUGGGAAAGUCAGGCGGGUCUUGAGUUGGAUGAAUUGCAAUCUCAACUCAGAGGAAAGAUCAAAGGCAAGAGGUUCUUGUUUGUAUUAGAUGAUGUUUGGGAGGAGAACAUUGAAAGUUGGGAACUUUUGGGAAAAUACUUGGUAGUCGGUGCCCCUGGCAGCAAGGUGUUGGUGACUACUCGAUCGACAAGAGUGGCAGAGGUCGGUGGUGGAACUCUGAAGUCUGAGACAAGUACCGGCAAUGUGGUACCCUAUCUCUUGCAAGGCUUGUCAAUUGACGAGUCCUGGAAUUUGUUUGUGAAAAAGGCUCUUAAUGGCAAAGCCCCACGAAACCCUGCUGCUGAAAAGACCGGGAGACUGAUAUUGGGGAAAUGUGGUGGAGUUCCUCUUGCAAUCGGUACGAUAUCCGGUAUAUUAAGAUCCAAAAAUCCAGAUUUUGAGUGGCAGUUAUUUUUACAAGAUGAAUUCGAAAGCACAUCCAAAGAUGAGAAUGCUAUUGUCUCAACUCUCAAACUGAGUUUUGAUCAUCUUCCUUCCCACAUGAAGAAGUGCUUUACUUAUUGUAAAUUGUUUCCCAAGGGUCACAAAUUCGAUGUUCCCUUGUUGGUUCAACUUUGGGUCUCCCAAGGGUACGUUGAGUCAGAAGAUACGAGCUUAAGUUGCUUCAGAACGUUAUGGCGGAGGUCGUUCUUCCAAGACGUGGAGAUGGAUGAGUUUGGGAAUAUGUCGACAUGUGGAAUGCAUGAUUUGAUCCAUGAUUUAGCAGACUCGGUGGCAGGAGAAAAGAUCCUAAGAAUCACUAGCUCAAGUGCUCUGAAAAAUAUUCCUUCAAACACACGUCACUUGGCUUUCUUUGAAGAAGAUAGGGAUGGCUUGAGAGAAGAGACCGAUGGUGGUGGUGAUGAUGCGUUAGGAAAUGCAAGCAGGGUGCGAACUCUUAUAUGUUGCAAAUCUAUAUGGGGAGAAGAAUGGGAGCAAAUCCUCCUCGGCUUCAGAUGCUUGCGAGUCCUGAUUAUGCUUGAAGAAAGAUCAGGGUCAGAUGCCACAACACAGUUGCACUUUGUUGGCAAGCUGAAGCACUUAAGGUAUCUUGGUUUCAAUUGCUAUGGAAUGGAUAGGAUUCCAGCUUCAGUUACUAACUUGCCUAAUCUACAAGUUCUUAAGCUCAAAUCUUCCUACUCACUAAAAGAACUACCGAGGGAUUUUAAGAAGCUUGUUAGCUUGAAGCAUCUUGAUUUCAACCCUCAAUAUUCGGAAUCUUUUAUUACCCAUAUGCCAAAAGGGAUUGGGGUAGCAUUGGAUGAGUUGCAAGAGUUGAACGCUUUGCGUGGAAAGUUGAUCGUUAAAAACUUGACAAAGGCAGAACCUUCAGGGGCGGGUAUUAAUGUCUUGACGGAGAAGCUACGUCUUCAGUCGCUUGUUUUAGAUUGGAGUCGAGAUGAUGACAACCAUGACAAUGUUGACGAUGCUGUUCCUAGAGCUACUCAUGAUGAAGAGAUACUGGAAAUGCUCUGUCCCCAUCCUAAUCUAAAGAAAUUGAUGAUACGUGGUAGUGGUUAUGAAGGCGUGAAGCUCUGCAACUGGCUGUCUGGCCUCGUGUAUCUGGUUGAAUUCUCUCUAAAAGAUUGCAAGCAAUGCAAGUACCUCCCCUCGUUGCAUCUGAUGCCAUGUUUGGCAAAACUCAUAAUUGAAAACUGUCCACAAUUGGAGGGAAUCGUUGAUAAUGGAGGCAGGGGAGAUAAUAGUGUUUCUUCGCCACACAACUCACUAACAACGGAGAAAGAGGAUGACAAGUGGCCUAGAUUCCCCUGUCUUACGUACCUCUACAUUAAGGGUUGCCCGAAGCUAACUCGGUUGCCCACUUUCCCAACUGUUGAAGUGAGCUGGAGCUGUCCAGAGCUAGCUUGGAACCAUUAA